AUGGAGUUUAUUACAGCCCUGGCAGACCUCCAAAUGGGGGCUAGCUGUCCCAUCUGUCUGGACUACUUGAAAGAGCCAGUGACCAUCAACUGUGGACAUAACUUCUGUCUCUCCUGCAUCAGUAUGUUCUGGAAGAAUCUAAAUGGGACUUUCCCCUGCCCCUUUUGCCGUUACUGCUCUCCAGAGAGGAAAUUCACAAACAAUCCCCAACUGGGUAAUUUGAUUGAAAUUGCUAAGCUACUACAGAUAAGAAGAAGCAAGAGGAAGAGGAAGGAAGAGAAGCUUAUAUGUGAAAAACAUAAUCAGGUUUUGACCUUUUUCUGUCAGAAGGACCUAGAAGUUUUAUGUCCACAGUGUAGUUUCUCCGCUGAUCACCAGAACCACUAUAUUUGGCCCAUAGAGAAGGCUGCUCCCUAUCAUAGGAAAAGAUUGCAGAAUUGUACUGAACUAUGGAAGGAGAGAGUAGAACAAGUUGAAAAAGUGAUAACUAUGCAAAGCAGAAAAUCACUGGAACUGAAGAAGAAGGUACAGUGUAGGAGAGAAGAAAUAAAGUCUGAAUUUGAGCAGAUUUUGUUGUUUCUCAAAAAUGAGCAAGAGAUUGUGCUUCGGCAAUUACAAGAUGAAGAAAUGGAUACUUUAACAAAACUAAAUGAAAACCUAACAACAUUUUCAAAUUAUCUUUCCACAUUAAAACAUCUAUCAAAGGAAAUAGAGGGCAAAUAUAUGAAGUCAGAGCUGGAAUUACUGACAGGUGUUAAAAGUAUCUACCAUAGAUAUAAAACCUUAAAGUCCCCUGAACCUUUUUUGUUCCAAUUAAAGGAAUAUGGUUACCAUUUUGCUCCACAAUAUUCUGGCCUAAAUAAAAUUACCAAGAGAUUUCAGGUGGAUCUAAUUCUAGAUCCUGAAACAGCACAUCGUAAGCUUAUUGUCUCAGAAGAUAGAAAAACUGUGCAAUAUGGAAAUAAAAGGCAUAACUUACCUCAUAACCCAAGGAGGUUUUAUCUCUGCCAGGCUGUUCUGGCUUCUAGGGGUUAUAAUUCUGGCAGGCAGUAUUGGGAGGUGGAAGUGAAAGACAAGCCUGAAUGGAUUGUGGGUAUCUGUAGAGACUCUCUUUCCAGAAGGAGAAAGAAUCAGUGUCAACCAAUUUUAGCACAGGAUGGAUUAUGGGGUGUUGGACGAUGUAGUCAGAGUAAUUAUAUUGCAUUGGGUCCUAAAAAAAUUAAUCUUCUGCCAAAAGUAAUACCUAGAAAGAUUGGCAUUUUUUUAGACUGUGAGUUGUGUGAGGUUUCCUUUUAUAAUUUGAGUGAUAGAUCCCUUCUCUAUAUUUUUAACUAUUGUCUUACAGAAACACUUUGGCCUUAUUUCUAUACUGGAACUGACUCAAAACCUCUUAAAAUCUGUACAGUAACAGAUUCUGAAUGA